AUGCCGGUCCCUUUCGAAGCUUUGAUCCCCAUGGGCCUGGUGGGCGUCAUGUUCUUCACGACGGGCACAGCAUACAAGGGACUCAAGAUGAUUAGGAAUGAUGGCAAGCCGCAACGCUCCAACAUCGACAACUUUGACGUCAUGAUGAUGAACCGCGACGAGCGAUUGACUGGAUCACAGAGAGGGCAGUCGAUGGAAGCUAUAGCGCCAAAGGAGUUCGCAACGAACAGCGCAUGGUCGACGGAGAAGGUUGGAUGA